AUGUCGGACCCCACAACGUUCAUGAGACUUGCCAGUCCCAAUGAACGCCGUACAAUUAGUCGUGAAGACCUCGGCUUCUACAACGCUCUCGUCGUAGGCGCAGUCUAUGAGAUUGCAAAUGAUGUAGAUGUCGAGGCAGUCGAGUCUUUUCUUGCGCCUUUGAAACGCUGCGUUGAGGAACAUCCGUACCUGAAUGUGAUUGUCAAGGAGAAACAUACCGAGAAGCCAGCAUUUGAAGCGGUUUCCCGUAUUGAUCUCCACGAUCAUAUUUCAAUCAUUCACGAGGAAGGUACCAGUAACAGCAACGAUAACGCGGCGAUUCAAAAGGCCCUGUUGCCCAUACUCGACCGACCAUGGCCUGCUAAUAUUCCACCUUGGCGAAUCGUCGUCCUGCCUCUGGCGUCACCGCUAGGCUCCAACCUGAAGCGCUGCUUCGUCGCAUUUGCAUUUUCCCAUGCUCUUGGCGACGGUAUGGUUGGAGUCACAUUCCAUCAUAGCUUCUUAGAGGCAUGGCGCCAGACCCCGGAUGAAAAGGAGAAUGGGUCCUUUGUGGUGAAACCACCAACACGAGCGCUUCCAGCGCCGUUUGAUACGAAAGAAAGACUUCCCAUAUCUUGGAGAUUCCUCCUCGAGCCAUUGUUUGCAGCUUACUUGCCAAAGUUCCUAGGCAAGCUCCUUGGGAUCCGCGCUUCUGCCAGCACAAUAGAUGCCGGCACUUGGAUUGGCUCGCCCAUCUUUUUCGAUCCGACGGCUGCACUCCAGAGCAGAGUGAAACUCCUUGAAAUUGAGGCACCGCUGGUCCAAAAGGCUCUGGCUUUGUCAAGAGCACACGACACUAAGCUCACCGGGGUGCUCCACCAGAUGAUUUUGCGCGCGCUGAGCAAGGCCAUCCCUUCCCCAGACAUCACCAACUUCGCCUCGGGGACUCCAGUUGAUAUGCGGGCAUCUGUAGGGACUCCUAGCCUCACGUGGGGUCUUUAUGUGUCGAGUCUUUUUGCGGUGCAUCCAAGGAUACCGAAUGCCGCCGAGCCUGGUUUCUCUGAGGAGAUGUGGACAGCUGCAAGUAAGAUCACCAAAGAUCUCGCGGCAUGCGCUGCAACGCUGCAGGACCAAGUUAUUGGUCUUCUGAGAUAUGUCCCUAAUAUGAGGAAGUGGACAUCGGAAAAGAUUGGGCAGCAGCGGGACUCUUCGUAUGAAUUGAGCAAUCUGCUUGCUUUUGAUGACAAGGAUGGUGGUCUGAGUCGGAAUUAUCAGGUUAGCAAGAUGGUGUUCUCGCAGCCUGCUAAUGUGCCCAGUGCGCCACUCGUCUUUAAUGUCAUCAGUGUCAAGGGUGGGAGCUUGAUGUGUACAAUCAGUUGGCAGGCUGGGGCCUUGGGUGUGUCAGUGGCGGAUGAGAUGCCGUUCGUCGAUGGGAUUUCUUCGUCGAUUCGCGAGGACUUUUUAUCCUUGUGA